AUGACAUAUGCUGAGGAAGAGGAGGCUGGUUGUUCGCAUUGGGUUACAGAGGAACGAAUAGUCAAGAAGAAACCCCGGAAACGAAGAUUCGAACUUCAGGCCAUAUUGAGAGAAGAGAUUGUUCGCGAACAAUUGCCACUUAUCGAAUAUUAUACCGCAGCUGUCCAGGACAAAUGCACAAUUGGUCCGUUGCUGCAGAUUUUGCCGCCUAUGCCAUCUGAAGCAAAUCAUCUGAAGCGCAUCAGAGACGGGCAAAUUCUCAUUCAUCCUGCAACUGAGCCGCUUUCCGAGGAUCUGCUAGAAAAGCUACGCAGCGCACACGGGGCGUCAAUUGAAAAAGUAUUGGUUCCUGCAUGUAAGCCAGUUACAAGAAGGCAAUUCCUAUGGGCGAAACAUUAUUGGCCGACAAGUUUUCAUCCGAACGAGCGCUAUGAAGCUUUGCUAAGUGGGAAUUUUUUCACUACUGAAGAACAGAAAAGGAUAAUCGAGUUUUAUUUGGAAUCGGAAAAAAUUGGGGGCGGUGGACCAGGCUGUGUUAUUGUGGAUUUAAAAGGUGAAGUAGUGGCAAAAAGUGGCGUUCGGAAUGUCCCUCUCGGCCAUGCUGUUAUGUCAGCCAUUUCCGAUCUUUGUGAAAAACAUCGUACUGGAGACAGUGAUGUGCUGCAGUACCUGGGAACCGGAUACGAUGUAUACAUGACAGAUGAGCCAUGUGCAAUGUGUGCAAUGGCUUUAGUGCAUUUUCGUGUUGGUAGAGUAUUCUACGGGAAGCGCAGUGCAAAAAGUGGGGUGUAUGAGUCGUGUUGGAGAAUACAGGAGGAGAAACAAUUGAAUCACCAUUAUUCCGUAUUUCGAAUUGACGAAUUAUUUGACGUAUGA